AUGUCUGAAUUAUCAUCAUCAGCACAAAUAUUUCUUCUAUUAUUAUUAUUGAUAAUUUGUGUUUUGAUUAUUCAUUUACUCAUUCGUAAACGUUUUACUUAUUUACCAGAAAGUGUUGCUAUUAUUUAUAUUGGUGGAAUAUUUGGUUUAGUUCUAAAAAUAUAUAAUCAAUGGACAACACCAAAUCAAGAAUCAACAACAACAACAAUUGUUCAAACAUCAUCACCAUUAUUGAAUUCAAAUUUAUUUUUUAUGCUGUUCCUUCCACCAAUUAUAUUUGAACAAGGUUAUCAUUUACAUAAAGGAAAUUUUUUUCGAAAUCUUGGAACUAUAUCAACAUUUGCUAUAUUUGGUACAACGAUAAAUGCACUGGUUACAGGUGCUGGCCUUUAUUUUUUAGGAACAAUUAAUUUAUCACAUAAAUUACCAUGGAAAGAAUGUUUUAUUAUUGGAUCAUUAAAUUCCGCCAUUGAUCCUGUUGCGAUUUUAUCGAUAUUUCAAGUACUCAAUGUGGAUCAAUUAUUAUAUAUGCUUGUUUUCGGUGAAUCAAUUCUAAACGAUGCUGUAGCUAUUGUAUUAACAAAUGUUAUUGUAGAAUCAAAACGACAAAUUACUAAUAUUAAUACAACAAAAUUAACCGCAUAUUCAAUGAUUGGUUUAUUAACAAGUUCAAAUUUAACUACAAUACCAUCCGUAACAACAUCACUUCGACAUCGAAAUUAUAAUGGUUUAGAACAACAUCGUGGUCAAUCAUCUUUAUAUGAACCAAAAGGCGAUCUAUCAAAUAUAUUUACAAAUAAUAAUGACAGAUAUCCUUCAACAAACAAUAAUAAUGAUGAUGAAGAAACUAAUGAACAAGAUGUAGCGGAUACAUUUAAUGAUGAUACAAACAUUCCAGCAGCAAGGAAAAAACGAAAAAUAUCAAAAAAAUUGAAACGUGCGGUAAGAAUUAAUAGUACGACAAUACCAUGGUCAACACAAGCUGUUUCAUCAAUAAAAACUUUAAUGCAAAUAUCUACACGAUUUUCUUUAAUGUUUUAUUCGUCUGGUUUUCUCGGUCUUGUAUUUGGUUUAACAAGUGCAUUAUUAACAAAAUAUCUUGCAUUUGAUAAAAGUUCAUUAUCAUUAGAAAUUUCACUUCUUCUUCUAACUGCAUAUGCAUCAUAUAUGUUUGCUGAAAUAUUUCAUUUAUCUGGUAUAAUGUCAAUACUUGUAUGUGGUUUAACAAUGUCACAUUAUACACAUGAAAAUCUUUCGACUGUUGGACGUCAAUCAAUAACGAUACUUUUUCGUACAAUAGCAUUUUUAGCUGAAACAUGUGUUUUUGUUUAUUUGGGUGUUGGAAUAUUUGAAUAUCAACAUGCAUUUCAUCCUAAACUGAUAUUUUGGACAAUUUUAUUAACAUUAAUUGGACGUGCAGCACAUGUUUUUCCCUUAUCAUUUGUAAUGAAUUGUUUUCGAUCUAAACAACAUCGAAUUACAUUUUCAAUGCAACUUAUUAUGUGGUUUGCUGGAUUAAGAGGUGCCAUUUCUUAUGCACUUUCUGUUCAUGUUGGUCAAUAUUAUGGUGAAAAUGAAGAAGAACUUAAACGAACUCUUGUUACAACUACAUUAGUUACUGUUCUAUUUACAAUCCUCGUUUUAGGUGGUCUAACCAUGCCUGUCGUAAAGUAUCUUAAACGUCAUUCAUCACCAUCAUCACAACAACGUUCAUUAGAAGCUAUUGAUGAUAUGAAUUUACAUAGUAUGAUGAGUAAAACCAUUCAAUUUGAUGAAUUACUUAAUGAGGAUGAGAAUUAUAUGCAUCAAAGAAGACAUAAUCUUAAUGAUGAUAAUAUUGAUAGUUAUGAAAUUCAAUUUGCUAGUCCAAAUACAAUAAAAGGUUUAGAAAAAUUAAAUGAAUGUUAUAUAAAACCAUUACUUAUAAGAAAAGUAUCGUUAAAACAAAAUGAUGAACAAGAAAUAAGACAACAUGAUCGUAAACCAUUAUUAUCAUCAAAUAGAAAGACAACCUCAUUUAUAAAUGAUGACGAUGAUGAAGAUGACGAAGAUGGAGAAGAUGAUUUACUUGUUGUGAACCAAUUAAGACAAGAAAAUUUUCAAUUGAAAACAAUCAAUAAAAAUUCAAAAGAUACAAAACGAAUAAAUUUAACAUCUCAUAAUACUUAA